CAACGAUGACUGGUUGUAGUCUGUGGUGUGGUGGUUGAUUCAAAACUAUUUCUACUGUUACAUUUACAUUUAACAAAGCAAGAAGCUCUACCAUGUCUCUCUCUGUGAUACUUGGACUGAUGCUCUGCAUUGAAGCACCAGGGUCCAGUGCUGUGACUGAUGUGUUUGUGAAGAGAGGAGAUGAUGUACUUCUGGAAGUUAUGGAUGAUGCUCCAAAGGACUUUGAUUUGUUUGUCUGGACAUUUAAUACAAGCAAUGUUUUAGUAGGAUAUUCAUCUGUUGGAGUACAAACAGUCUCUGAAGGUUACACUGGAAGGGUUGAGUUCUCUGUGGAAAAUUACUCAGUGAAAUUAAAGAAUCUACAAGAUGACGACAGUGGAGUUUAUACAGCACGAGUGACAGGAUAUAAACAACAAACAAUAGCUGAAUACAUGGUCACAGUUCAAGGUCCAGUGUCUCCAGUUGAUCUGAAUCCAGACUCUGUGUCCAUCAGCUCAGACUCCUGUAAACUCACUGUGACCUGCAGCACAGAGGACUCACACAUCAGCAGCACUUUCACAUGUGACACCAAAACCUGCUCUCAGGAGGGAGGAGACCAAUCAAAGGUCACCAACUCUGGUGCUUCCCUCCGUGUCCACCUGUUGAAUGACACGAUCAUCUGUAACCAUAGCAACCGAGUCAGCUGGACUCAGAAGAAGACACAGAUUCAGGAUCUCUGUCUCCUACAUGCUGGUCUCUCUGAUGGUGUCUCCAUCUGUCUGGUGAAGACAGUCGUGUUCUCUGUUGGUCUGAUCAUCAUGGUGUCUGUCGUCAUCAGUGUCCACCUCAUGGAGAAGAUCAGGAAACAAAAUAAACAGUUCUCCUCUAAUCAAAUGAACAUAGAGCUCAAUCUCUUACAGUGAACAUCUUAAAGUUGCCUGUGGAUUUUUUUCUCUUACAGCCAGUGGCGUCUUUCCACUAUUGAGCCACCAGAGGGCGCUGCUGUGUAGGGAGGAUCACAGCAGUAUGUUAGAGAGAGUCUGGUCAACUAGAUACUUGAUGUUAAGUUCAAAGCUGAAGUUACUGCUACAGAAGAAGAUUAUAUUUAAACUAAAUCAUGUAUUAACACAUAUAAGGAUUAAAUUCAAUUAUGUUGUGAUUUGUAGGCAGAUUUUAACGUGUAGUUGUGUUGAAUAGUUCCAUUUCACAUUCAAGCACAUUCCUCAUAAACUUCAGAUAUCUGUUAAAUGAACUGAUCUAUACAUUUCAAAAAACAGAAAGAAUGAAGGAAUAUGUUGUAAACACAACAAAAUGAUGAUCCUGAAUUGUACAGAAAUGAAUUUUCCAUAAAU